AAAGGGUCAGCGAAAAAGAAGAAGUCCCUCAGUGAGAUGGAUUGACACAGCGGCUGUAAAAAUGGCCUUAUGCAUGGCAACGAUUGAGGAUGGUGUAGUACUGGGCAGUGCUUCGUCCUGUUGUACAUAGGGUUAUUAUGAGUCUGAACCAACUAUAUGGCACCUAACCACAACAAUAACAUGCAAAGUUAAAAUGUGUGAGUUUGUGUGUGUGUAUGUAUGUGUGAAAGAGAGUGAGAGAGAGAGAGAUCUGGCUGUAAGGCUGACCAGGCCUUGUUAUUUUUCUUUGAGAAAGCUUCUGGGAUCUUCUGGCAGAAUCCUUAGGUCAUGAACCCUCCAGCCACCCCUAAACUUUGGAUUGCUCUUGUAUGUGGUCAUUUCUGUUGUUCUCUAUAUUGUAACUUUAUGGUGACUAAAUCCUGGUGUAGUACAAGGGUAAGAAUUUUUGGUUUUGCUUCCAGUGUUUUAUUUGGUGGUGCUCAGCAUUUCACGCCAUACAAAGUAGCACAUGGGAAGAUGGCAGCGGUUUGCUUUGUAAGCAAGCUACCCUACCAUCUUUUUAGUUGGAAGAUACACUGAAGAAAUUUUCCCUCUUCACUCAUACAGAUGAGUCUGUCCCUCAAUUUCUUCCAUCUGUAAUCUCAAGUGCCUUUAAUAGCUCAGGAUUCACAAAGUACACAAGGAAAGAUGCUAGCAUCCUUUAAACAUGUAGGGAUGCUGGGUCACUUGACACAACCAGUUAAACCAGUACUAUCCCAUUAAAUGGCUAUAGCUGGUGGAGUCUAACGAUCAGAAAGGACUACAAGCUGAUUCAUGUAAGAGCCUCCCACCAUGAGCCCAACUUUCAAUGAUAUUGUAUCCUCUCUGCAGAGAAGUGGAACAUUUAUCAAUUCCUUAAUCGCUAUUUUGACGAUUGGUGGGCAACAACUGCUCUCCUCUUUCACAUUCAGUUGUCCCUGUCAAGUUGGGAAAAAUUUCUACUAUGGUUCUGCUUUUCUAGUUAUUCCUGCCUUGAUCCUGCUGAUUGCUGGCUAUGCUCUGAGAAGCCAAAUGUGGACAAUUACCAGCGAAUACUGCUGUAGUUGUGCCCCUCCAUGCCGCCAAAUCAGCCCCCUGGAACGCAAGCUGGCUUGCCUUAGGUUCUUCAGCAUCACCGGGAGAGCACUUGUUGCUCCAUUAACGUGGCUGGCAGUGACCCUACUGAGGGGCACCUACUAUGAAUGCGCAGCAAGUGAGUUUACAUCUGUGGACCAUUACCCAGCAUUUGACAACAUCAGUGCCAGCAAACGAGAAGAGAUCCUAGCUGGGUUUCCAUGUUGCAGAUCGGCUCCUUCUGACGUGAUCCUAGUAAGAGAUGAAGUGGCUCUUCUGCACAGAUACCAGUCUCAAAUGCUGGGCUGGAUUUUGAUCACCUUGGCAAUCAUCGCUGCUCUAGUCUCCCGCUGUUUGGCUAGGUGCUGCUCUCCCCUCACCUCUCUGCAGCAUCACUACUGGACCACCCACCUGAAUAACGAGAGGGAGCUCUUUGAACAAGUGGCAGAGCAGCACUCGAAGCUCCUCAUCAUGCAGCGCAUAAAGAAAAUAUUUGGCUUCGCUCCCGGGAGUGAAAACGUCAGACACAUCCGUAUUCCUUCUUGUCAGGAUUGGCGAGACAUUUCGGUACCUAGUUUUCUAUGCAUGGGUGAUGAACUGCAGGGUCACUAUAGCUUCCUUGGAGACAGGGUGGAUGAAGAUAAUAAGGGAGGCAAAUCAGAAAGUAUUGAAUUAAAACCUUGAUGUCAGCACCUUUCAUAGUUCAGGUGGCUUAACAGAUACUUUAUUUUUAUGAUGAUGGAGUUUCAGUGUAAUCACUUCAUCUUUUCCCUCUCCUCUGAUAUUUAUUUACAUAAGGACACCCAAAAUUACCCGAUAAUUGUGCCAAAGUCUCUCUCUUUUUGAAAUUUCACUGAUGUUGUGGUAAUGCCUAAAAUGCCCAUACUGGUCUAAUGAAAACAAUCUGGAACUUGAAAUCAUAUCAAAAUUUGAAUCUUGGUUCUGUUACAUAGUAGCUGUGUGAGAAUUAACAUUUCUGUGUGUCAUUUUGACAUCUGCACAAUGAUAGUAGCCACCCCAUAGAGCUGUUAUGAGGAUUAAAUGUGAGAAUAUAUGUAACGUGUUCUGCACAGUGCUCUUCAUAAAAUAAGUGCUAAUAAAUGUUAGUUUCUCCUUUCCUCUUUGCAUUCCAAUGCCUUCCAGCAUGGUUUUCCCCGUCUCUAUUUUCUUAUUUUCCCUAUUUCUACCUCUAUGUCAUAUCCAGGAACUCUUUACUGCCUCCUUCUCUUUCUUCACGCUUAAACAUAUGACCUUUUGAAGUAAGGGAAACAGCUCUUUCUAAUGGUAACAUGCGAGGGAGAAGCCCAUGCAAGAAGGUCUUGAGUCAUCCUGCCAUAACCAGGGCAAGGCGAUGCAUCACUAUGUCAUUGUUAUAUCAUAAAUGCCA